GGAUGACGCGCGGUGACGUCACGCUUAGAGCCGGGGCGAAGGUGGACGGACAGAAUGGCGACCCAGUGCCGGAGCUCCAGAUGCACGGCCGAAAGAAAAGGAUUCCGGCGGGAACUCGACUCAUGGCGACACAAACUCAUCCACUGUGUCGGGUUUGAAAGUAUACUGGAGGGAAUAUAUGGUCCAAGGCUGCUGCAAGAUCUCAGUAUAUUUGUUGAGUGUGAACCAGAGGCUGUGGAUGAUUGGUCCAUGAAUGCAAAUUGCUCUUUUUGCAACCUUCAGCUAGAGAAAUUGAAUGACCAGCCUGCUGUGGCCGUGCCUGGCUCGCCACCACCUGCUGAAACACCCCCACCUCAGGGCCUGUCCACCUCUGAAAAACCCCAGUGCCAAGCAGACCAAUUCCUCAAUGCUAUAUUUCGUAAGAAGGAAUUCCCUCAGAGCUGCGAUUCCAGCGUACCGUUGGUGGCACAGGAGUUGAUGCGCAAGAUGAUUCGGAGGUUUGCCUUAGAGUAUGCAUGUAAAAGCCAGGCUCACGAGGGCCUGAAUGGCCUUAGCGAAACCUCUGAGCUUCUCCCCAAUCAGCCGGAUCGUGAUGGGCCUCUGGACCUCACCAUUAGCCGAGCUUCUCAGGCCCUGCAAGUUGAUGGAGUACUUGACCUCUCAAAGAAAAACACAUCAGCAGAAAAUGAAACUACUCAAAGAAUGUUUUCAGGUUCCUUAGGGCCAAGUGUGGAAGACCGGUCCAGGCUGGAGAAGGAAGGUGGUUCUAAAGCUCCAGUGGUCUGGAGAGUCACUGUGUUGGAGAAGGUCCUGUCUUCGCUUUGUUCCCAUCAUAGACUGCUACUCUGUCAUAUUUUAAAGGACAUGCAGGAAGAUUAUAACAUCUCUGUAACACUGCGGGAUGCUCACAGAAGACAGUUUACGGCUGGAUCUCUCAGUUGCCAUGCUGAUAAAAAAUCACUUAAUGAGGCCCCAAUACUUACAUUAAGUGACUGCUCAGUAACUGCUGGCAUUUGUUGUAGAAAAGCUUGUAGGCUUCCAACGAUUGCAUUUUCUCCUCUAUGCGUCUGUCUGAGGAACAUUCAUAGCAAUGCCUGCCAAAAUACAUCUAUGGCAAGUGUUGGGCAAGAUAUCUGUUCUAACCCCACUGUUUGUUGUGCUCACUCAAAACUACCCUCAUGCCAGCUUCAGCACAAUGGUGAUCAUAACUACAUUUCUCUUGUAAAAGAAACUCUAAUCACCCAUCAAUGUGAUUGUAACUCUCACAAUAGAUGCCAUAAAGGAAGCCGUAGCCCCUCCCCACCACCACUAUCACCAAAGCCAGUGGACCUGGACUGUAAAAUAGCGGUAAAGUCCAGUAUCCUACAAAUUCAGGACUGCAAGUCAUUAAACAUGGCACCACCUCCUCUCUUACCUCACAGAACUGAGGAUGAAGAUACAGCUUUGUACUCUAACACCCCUCUUCAUGUGGGAUCUCCUGAUGAAUGUUGUGAAAAGGUUGCACUGUUGCCUACACAAGCAGAGAAGGAGAAUGACCACCACUGUGGGUCUUUUUUAGAUCUAAUUGAUAGAGUCACUGAAAAGUUCAGAAGUAUCCAACCUUCAGAGAAAGAACAAAAUCUUCUUGCCCAUGCUAGUCAAAUAUCCAAGACAGAUGACACACAUUUGACAGAAAUUAUAACAACUGUGCUACACAACAGUAGUGACAAAGAUUACAACCUUAAUGAGCUUUUACAACAGCAUGUAGCCACUGAACAGCGAUCCCCUCAGACACGUUCCCGUAAGAGACUGGAAACGUUAGUUGCCAUGAGCAAGUCUCCUGAUCUUCCAUCAUCAAGAAGACAAAGCUUACAAAUCAAAAGAGAUCUGGCCAGACUUAGUCAGACUUCAUAUUUCAAGAGGAACAUAGGGUUUGAGAGAGAUGGGUCCUUAAAAACGGGUAAAGCUGCACAGGUAACAUACUCUCUUGUUGAACAGUCAGAUUGUAGAAAGUUGGGCAGAAUUCCCAAGGCAGGGGACUCAAAGCCUGUAAAAGAUACCUUAGAAAAUUUGACCACAUAUGCACAAACUAAGGAGACACCAAAUAAACAAAAGAGGCAAGAAACUCAACCCCAACUUGUAAGUCUUGAAGAAACAAUGCCUCUUGAUGAUAGGGCACAAUUGCAAACAACUAUUAGUGACCGGAAGGUAAAAGCAAAAGCUCACAAAGAGAAAAAUCUGACUAUUCAAGUUGGAAGAGCCAGACGAAAUAUUGUACCACCUCAGCGUUUCUCUUCCUAUGUAACUGAGCCACGAAAAAUGUAUUUUGCAGCCUGUUUUUCAGAAAGUAUAUUCACCAAGCAUUCCCUUAAGGACAUUAGCUCAACAGCACUUGGCUCUACAGAAGAAAUUGCCUGGCCAAAUGAUAUAUGUGACAAACACCCUUUUCAAACUGAUGAUAAACGAGAAGACUGUGAUGUGCCACAGAACGUAACUUCAUCAAAAAAUCUGAUUUCAUCCAAAAAAGAGCAACCGUGUGAGCACAAGGAUAAUGGAAGGAAUCCUGAUAAAGAGAGUGCAAGAAAAAGAAAACCAUGCCAGAAUUCUACUUCACCAUCAAAAAGAUCUAAACGCCAUAUGACCAACAGUCUAAACACUGACUCACAAAAUCCUACUGAAACUAUGUCUAACUUUACUACAACUGAGAGUGGACAAGAAGAUAAAACAAGCCUGUCUGGACUGAAAUAUGAAAGUCCAAUAAAGCUCAUGUUUGUUUCCUCUGUGACGGGUGAAGAUGGUGUAAAAUAUACUCUCAAAGCAGCUGCUUCAGGCUCAAAUUCCGACGGAGAGAUGUUUGAUCCAUGCGUGGAUUCCUCAUGGUCAGGCAGUGCCAUCGAUGAACAUUUCCAGGAUACAGUCCUUGAAUCAGUUUCAGGGAGAACUGUUGAACAUGGUGGAAACAAGUACACUUCAACAAAAGUGGUUUCAUGUGAUGCAGUAUUGCCCAGUUGUUCAAACAAUGAAGAUGAAAUCCAAGAAACACUACCAAUUGUACAUGAAACAUCUCCAGUAAAAAGGCGUCCUGGGCGCCCCAAAAAAAUAGGACCACAUAUUGUGAAGUCUGUGAAACGUCCCAUCGGCAGACCUCCAAAACCCAAAAUAACGGACUUCUGUCCUUCAACUGGUACAACCGGUUCCAGUGCAGUAAAUCACAGGACAACAGAAAUGUCUUGUAAGGAUAAUAGAAAUAAAAAUCUAAAAAUCACCAUAGCGAAUGGAAGAUCAAGAAGGGCAAAAAGAGUUGUUUCUGAAGAUUUGAGCAAUAUCCCAGAACAUCAACAUGUUUUUGAACUAUUAAAUGGUGGCACACACAGUGAAAUAUGUUCUAGAAAGAAUAGUAGUAACGAUGAACUGCUUAAAGAUCACCAUUUUGUUAUGCCUAUUGAAGAAAGGAAAUUUGUCUCUUCAGGCAGCAACAUCAAAUGUCAAAGACAGAGUGACAUAGCAGUGUCAAGAAAACCAGGAAGACCUCCCAAAGUCAAAAUUUCUGGGAUCUCUGUCACUGUCACCACAGGGUCACCAAGGCAAAGAAAGAUACAUAUAAAAAGGGACACAAAUGAUUCACAUCUGCGCAGAAAGACUCUUAUUGAAUUUCAACCUUCCAAAGACCAGAAGACAAUCUGCAUUCCUACUGAUAUUCACAAGGAUGUAGUGGAUGCACCAAAAGAACAUAGUCAGAAUACCAGAGGGCAGUUCGUACCAGUGAGGCAUUCUGUUAGAGAACGCAAACCCUCCAUUCAUUUGCUCCACUCUGUUGCUACUGCCAGAUCCUGUGCAUUGGUUCGCAGGUCACGAAAACUACUGCUGAAUAAGGUUAGCUGUGAAUCCAGCCAGAACACAAAGAACAACCAAGAGCAAGGAGAGCUCCCAAAAAAUGCACUUUCCACGAGGACCAAGAAUGUCAGUUGCAUACAAGAUGUUCGUUUUUCUACCAUUUCGAUGGACUCCAUUUUUUCAUCAAAUGAGGGCUUCAGGUGGUGGCCCACCUUAGCAUCACCUGAAACUUUAAAUGAAGAGUUAGCUAGGAGGAUCAAGCUAAUGUCCAACACUUGGGUAUCAGAUGUUGGGUAUCAGGCUAACAAGUCAGAGGAGAUUAAAUCAGAUUUUAAAUCGAAAACUUGUGAGAAGCUCAGAGGUUCUGCUAAGAAGUCUGCUUCUGCCAUCAAAAUGCUUUUUGAGGGAAACUGUAAUAUGGAGAAACUCUGUACUUGGUUUAUGCAAUCCACAGAGACUCAGUCCCUUGCUAUUGUAAAGAAGACCACGGAAAAAAAUCCUAAGGAUGUCUUUCACUACAACCUCAGCAGACCCAAUUGCAAAGGCAAUGUUUGCCCAAGUCCACAAGCAGAGAGACUCAGGAAACAUGUCAAGAAAUUUGCUAAAGUUGUCCCAAAGAGUCCGUCAAUGCACAAACAAGCACAAGAAAUGCUGUCCAAAUCAACAAGAUUACAAGCCAAGAGAAAGCUUUUUAAUACAUCAUCGUUUAAACAGAGGCAUGACGUUAGACAUAGAAUGUCUAGGUCUAGAAGCACAUGGGUUGUCUAUAGAACAGCUCUGCUUAGAGCGAGGCUAAAGUUUAAAACCAAGCCUAGGACAACAUUAGGAGGUGAUAUGGCACACAAAGUGUUUGGUGAUCAAAUGAGCACAAGGACUUCAGGUGCUGAGACUCCAGAAUUAUGGAAAGAAAUGCCUAACUUGGUAGGAAGGACAUCCAGACCAGUCACGAAAGUUCAAAAUGCAUUAAAUCUUCUUGUCAAAACUCCUCAGAAAAUAAUUGGGAUUGCCGAUAUUUCAAAGCAGAACAGAAUCAGCUCCAAAGCUUGGAGUCCAGAGUCCCUAAAGCAGUGCAGGGUGUUUCUGAAAAAGAUAAACUCCCCAAACACAAAGUCAGCGACAGAGGAAUGUAACAUUUGCACAGUAAAGCUCUAUGAUGUCUCACAUCAAGAGGAGAAUGAGGAUGUUUUGGUGGGAGGGACACCUCCCAGUACAGUUAACCUUCCAAUACAGCUGCACUCAUCCCCAAAAAGCCAGAGAAAGGGAGGAGGAAAAAGAGGCAAACAGAAAAGUUGGAGCACAAGUCCAUCUUCCCCAACAAAAAUGCUCAGACAAUCGAGGAGCAGCAGGGGUGUUCUAGGAGCAAGGUGGUGUGACUUUGUGCUCGGGUCAUUGAAAUAACUUGGGACCAGUUUUUGGACAAGACAUGUUCUUGAACUCUAUCAUAAGGUGCCUUUCGACAGUGGUCUGGCUGAGUAUCACAAGCAUUAUGACACGCAACCUCUGCAAGCAUCAUGUAGCAAAAAAAACAAAACUUUAAGACACUUGUUGCACUAUUUAAACUUCUUUUGUUUUUAUGUUUGUAAAAUGUUUUAUUCACCUUUUAAAAUCUGCUUUGAAUUUUAUUUUUGAUGCAGACCAUGAGAUCUAGUUACAUGAAGGAGAAUCAAAGGUUACAAGAGCAUUAUGCAGUUUGUUUUGCCCAAAUCUCAUAAGAGUUGAACAUCAAAGCAAACUUUUAUAUUUCAUUUGAGGUCAUUUCAUUUUUUUUUAACACUUCAGAAUCUUAGAAGUUGUUAGAAGAUCUUUAAAAUGGGAUUUUUGUGAAUAUUUCAGUUUUAAAACAUUGCUGAUCUUUUUUAAGUUAGGAGUAUAUUUAAGUCUUUUCUUAUGUGCCGUUAAUGUGUCAGACAAAAAUUACCCACUUAAAAUAAUUACAAUGCAUUGUGGAAUUUUGAAAAUGAUGGUAGUGAAACCUCCUGUGAAUUUCACCUCUUUGCCAAGUUGUGGGAAAUCAUUUAAGCAUUCAUUUACAUCCAGGUUCAUGUUCUCAUUGCACUACUAAACUGCUACCCAUUCCGUUUUAUUCCUGACUUUAACCAUUAUUAUAAUGUACAGUGUAUUUUUGGUGCAAUGUCUCGCUCUCAAAAAGAUGUAAGAUUCUCUCUCCUUUCUUUUAAAUUAAAAGCUUUUAAGAUGAUCCAGAGGCAAAUGUUCCCCAUUGUUUCUUAAAUACAAAAACUUAUGUUGUGCAAAUCUUAAUUUGUGAUCUAUUGCAGUAUGUGACAUCUACCUCCUGAAAUCUACUGGUAAAGCAUGGUAGAUUGGUCUAAACUGAUAAAUCUUUUGUUGUAACCAUGUCAUUCCUCUAGACCUCUACCAAAAACAUUGUUUAUACAGCCUGUAUGUUUAGUUAGUUAUUUAAAUUGCUGUGUUGUUUGUUCUAGUUUCCAUCUGCUGUUACCAAUCUGUGGCCCUGCCCCUAAGAUUAUAGAAGUUUAAAAGCGUUGAUGUCCGCUUAGUCCAUUUAGGUUCCUUGUAGCAAAACUGGCUUGCAUCAGUGCACUACAAGUCCACCUUAGAUGUAUUUAGAUGCAUAAAACUAGUUGUCACCUAGAUUAUUCUAUUAGAUUUUAACCAUUGUCUUGAUACUUGUUAGCUAGAGAUGUUUGUUCCGAAACUGCUGAAGUUAUUUCCAUCAUAUACAUACUAUGUGCCAACAUAAAGAGGCUUCCAUCCACUGCUUUAGGGCCUCGUUAACCAUUCAACCUGCUGGAGUAAUCCAAAAGUACAGUCAAAAAUGGUGCAUUCUUUAUACCUAUGCCAACCAUAUGCUGGAGUUAAAGCUUAAGAAAAUUGUCAGAAGACCUUCUGUAUAUAUCAUAUUUUCAGAUCUGUAGUUUUGGCACUGUAAACUUGUUACCUGGUGCUAUAUGUUGUACAUGAACAUGCAAAUUAUGUACACAUUGUAUUUUCUCUGUUUUUAUAUUUCAAAGAAUUCGUCUCAAUCGUUAGAACAAUAAAAGCUCUUGCAAACUGA